AUGGAUGCCAAGGGGACAGGGUCACUUCUAAUGCUGCUGUUGAUGUCAAGCCUGCUUCUGCAGAAGAAUGUGGCCACUCCAUCUAAAUGUAUUAGCAUAACAGGCCACCGGACUACCCUGCCACAUCUGCUUCAGCAUGCAGUCACUGUGUCUCAUUAUAUCCAUGUUCUCACUCUAGAACUCUACCAGGAUUUUAUAACACUGUACUCUCUGGACCAAGACUUCUAUUUAAAGAAUAUGAAAAGUUGUCAUACAACCUCUAUCACCAUACCCCUUGACAAGAAGCAGAUCCUGAAGAUGAAGGAGAAGGACAUAAUCAUCCUGGUAAUCUACUUGAUUCACUCCUGGGAUGAUCCCUUGAGCCAUCUCAAAACCCAAUCAGCUCGCCUCCCAAAAAUUCCCCAGAAUUUCAUGAUGAAAGCUGAGUUGAUCCAGGAGAAAAUGUACUAUCUUCUAGAAGGCCUGGAGAUCAUGGCCAAGCAGGUUGGCCUUCAAGUCACAGAUUAUAUGGACUAUGCUGUCUGGACUGGACUCCCAUCCCUACAGUCAGCUGAGGGAAAAUAUUUUAUUGAUACUUUUCAUCACCUGUGCCACUGCCUCCUUAGGGAUAUAUAUAAUGUGGACAGUUUCCUGAAGGUCUUAAAAGCCCAAGUAACCCAUGAUAGGCACAGCUAA